ACUAUUAAAGUAGCAAUAUCUUCACCCAACGUUUCCUAGUGAAUACUAAAAGCUCUUCAAUACACCAAAUUUUAGAGAGAGAAAAAAAAUGCUAUCCCAGCAUUCACUUUUGGUCGUCCCUUUAUGUCAUGAUAAACAAACCUCCGUCCUAAACUUUCCGGCCAUCGUGUCUCCUCCGUCCACCGCCAUUGUCUACGACCAACACGGCCCUCCCGACACCGUCACAAGGGUUACCGAGAUUCCACCGAUGGAGAUCGAUGAGAACUACGUGUGUGUGAGAAUGCUUGCAGCUCCCAUCAACCCAGCAGAUAUCAACAGAAUAGAGGGAGUGUACCCAGUAAGGCCAUCAGUACCUGUAGUUGGGGGAUGGGAAGGUGUUGGAGAAGUACAUUCUGUGGGCUCUGCAGUUGAGGCUCUUUCUCCCGGAGAUUUGGUUAUUCAUUCUGCUUAUCUUCCAGGGACAUGGCAAACCUAUGUUGUACAAGACCAAAGUUUAUGGUACAAAAUUGAUAAAACCACUCCAAUUGAAUAUGCUGCCACUAUUUCUGUUAAUCCUUUGAGUGCUUUAAGAAUGCUUGAGGAUUUUGUGGAUUUAAAACCAGGGGAUACAAUUGUCCAAAAUGGAGCUACAAGCAUAGUAGGACAAUGUGUUAUUCAAUUAGCUCGAGUUCGUGGAAUUCAUAGCGUUAAUAUCAUAAGAGAUAAACCUGGAUCUGAUGAAAUUAAAGAAAAAUUAACCAAACUUGGUGCUGAUAAAGUAUUUACCGAAAGUGAACUCGAAGUGAAAGGCGUCAAAAGUCUCCUGGGUGAUAUACCUGAACCUCGUUUAGGCUUGAAUUGUGUUGGCGGAAAUGCAGCUACUAUGGUGGUAAAAUUCUUAAAGCAAGGUGGCUCUAUGGUUACAUAUGGAGGGAUGUCAAAGAAGCCAAUUACUAUAUCUACUACAUAUUUCAUUUUCAAGAAUAUUUCAUUGAAAGGAUAUUGGCUGCAAGAAAAGAAUUUAGACGAAACACAAUAUAGGUGUUCAAUUGAUUAUCUAUUGGCCCUUGCUCGUGCAGGGAUAUUGAAAUAUGAGAUGGAGAUGGUACCCUUUAAAGAUUUUCAUACAGCUCUUGAAAGGGCAAUGGGGAAGCAAGGAAGUCGAAGAAAACAAAUUCUUAAGUUUUAAAUUAACUGCAAUAAUAAGAAAAAUAUUUUAAAACCCUUUGGAAUGCACAAUUUCAAAGUUAUCAAAUAUAAUUAUUAGAGAUUAAGUAAUUGUAACAAUAAGAAAAAUAUUUUUCCACUGAGUUUGGGGAUAUAUUUUUCUAGUUGAAUAAUCCUAUCUUUUUUUUUAUCCAUCAGUAAUCAAGAUCAUCUAUUGUCUUGUUAUUA